GCUCGGAGAGGGUGGGAGGUGCACGCCGUUUCCCUUUCUCUUUCGCUGGGCGGCUGCCCGCCAGUCCGAGGCCGCUGUGCUGCGCCAGGUAGGAAAAUGACUUACUUGGUACGGGAGCAGGAGUUAUGAGCCAUGAUGUCCCUGUAAGACCUUUGAGAUUAAGAGCAAAUGCCUGGAGAAGUCCAGCUGCAGAAAGCAGCGCUGGAGCUCUUGUGAACAGUGGGCAUCGUCGCCUCUCAGACUUGCUUGUCUGGCCCCAAGCACUCUGCCAGCAUUUCCUACCCCACGAAUGGCUACUCAGAGGAAGCACUUGGUGAAAGAUUUCAAUCCUCAUAUCACCUGCUAUAUCUGUAAAGGCUAUCUCAUCAAGCCAACUACAGUAACUGAGUGCCUCCAUACCUUUUGUAAGACAUGUAUUGUUCAACACUUUGAAGACAGCAAUGACUGUCCCAGGUGUGGCAACCAAGUGCAUGAGACCAAUCCACUAGAAAUGUUAAGGCUGGAUAACACCUUAGAGGAAAUUAUAUUUAAGCUGGUGCCUGGACUUCGAGAACAGGAACUGCAGCGUGAGAUCGAGUUUUGGAAGAAAAACAAACCUCAAGAAAAUGGACAAGAUGAAAGCCCAAAAGCUGAUAAACCAAAAGGAGAUGAGGAGUGUGAUGAAAAUGAAGAGGAUAAAGAUUAUCACAGGAGCGACCCACAGAUUGCUAUCUGCCUCGACUGUUUACGCAACAAUGGGCAGUCAGGAGAUAAUGUAGUCAGAGGUUUAAUGAAGAAAUUUAUCCGCUGCUCUACUCGAGUGACUGUGGGAACUAUAAAGAAGUUUCUCAGUUUAAAAUUAAAACUUCCAAGUUCUUAUGAGCUGGAUGUACUAUGCAAUGGAGAAAUCAUGGGGAAGGACCACACGAUGGAAUUCAUCUAUAUGACAAGAUGGAGACUAAGAGGCGAAAAUUUUCGGUGUCAGAACUGCUCAUCUUCGCAAGUCUGCUCACAGGAUGGCACUUUUUAUCAGUCUUACCCUAUGGUACUUCAGUAUCGACCUAGAAUUGACUUCGGUUAGACCAAAGGGCCAGAUCCCACUGAGAUGAAUCCUGCACUAUUUGUUUACCCAUCGACAGAUUGCACAAUGAAUGGAUGUGCCUGGAUUAGGGGGACACAACCAGAUUUUCAGCAUGCACAUAAGGACAUUGUCUUUCUGAAAACUGUCAGUUGCAUCUCUGUUGUUUCUAUUAGAGCAAGCCAAGUGCCAUUCUGCUACUGAAAUGUGCAUAAGAUAAUUGUGUAUCUUACGAGUGUGCUGCAAAUCAUAGCCAAAAUCAUGAAGUGUACAGUCAAGAUUCAAAACUAUGGAAUACUUCUGCUUGCGUGUUAGAAAAUUUCUCUGGUCCUAAUAUUGAUUCCACUAGCAAAAUGACAGAGUGCGCAUUCCAUGUGGUGUUGCAGUUUCACACACUAUUUUACUGAGUAUUGUUGUUUAAAUCAUAGAGUACUGUACAAAGAACUAAGGAUUAUACCUUGAAAAUAUUUUGUAUAGAAAGUAUAUUUAGAAAAGUGGUGAUUGGGCCACUACUUUUUUUUUUUUUUUUUCUCUUGAUAAGCUUCUCAUGGGUCCAGGUAUAGCUCACUCAUGAGUGUGCAACAGUCCUUUUGUAGUGAAUGAAGAUUAAUUACCCAUAACAACAGACAUAGAACAUGGCAAUUUGAAUCAGUAAUUGUAAAUCUUCUAAACAAAUUCUGCUAACAUUGCUUAAAAGCAUCGCAGCCUUUGUGAUUGCACUUUUCUAUGGUCUCCCUAAAGAUUGGAGUUUGGGAUACUAGCUGGUUUUGGAAAAAGGUUUCUGGUCAGAUUCCAUUUCUUCUAAUGAAUCCUCUGUAGAGAUUAAGUUUAAAAUAGUGUAAAUGCCUAUGGAACAAACUUAGACCAUGGCAAAAAUUUCCCUAAUCAUUACCUUUCAGAGUAAGCAUUUCCUUUUAAGGCUGGUUGGAGGUACAAAACAUGCUAAGGCAAAAAUAACAUACAGCUUUAGUGUGACUGUCUGGAGCUUACAGUUCAUUACACAAAUCUUCAUUAGUUAAAAGUCACGCCAUAAAACUAUUUCCAUAAAAUUAGAAGUAAUGCAAUACUGAAGAUAAGCAAUCUGACCAAAAUAAUUGUUCAGGUAAUUUCGGGGGUUUUUUAUUUCUAAGGCAUAAUAGUGCUGGAUAAAGAGUGAUCGUUGCCUUAGGUGUUGCAAACAUAAUGGAUCUAGUGUAGAAUGUUUACUGAGGUUGCUGGUGAUGUUGCAGGGAGCAUAGUUAACACAUGUUUUCUGUAGUCUUCCCUUGUCUUUGCUCUGCUUGAAAGUCAGUUGAGUUUUUCACUUCAGAUUCUUUUGAGAUACUUACAGUUCAGUACCUUUAAGUUGUUUUUGCUAGUAUUGUAGAUAACUACUUUUUUAUGCUUUUUUGCAUAAAAAACAAAUCAUUUUUUCAGAAGCUACUAUAGAGUAAACUAACGCUUGGAUGAGACAAGGUGAAAAUUCUAUCUUUGGAUCAAGUAUAAAAGGUAGUUGGAAUGCUGUAUCUCCAUUGUAAAUUUAUGUUCAUGUACAUCAGUAUGUUUCUGUAGGAGAAAUAAGCGUGUUGCGGAUUAAAUCUGGCCCCUUUAAUAUUAGUAGGAGUUCUAACAUUGCUGACUUUAAGAAUCUGUAUAGAGUUGGGUUGAAUUCCAACAUUGCACUCCAAAGCCCAUAUGACAUGCAGAAAUAAAGAUGCUGUCAGUAGCAGUCUGUUUAGGAAACCUGCCAUUGCAGGUCAAGGUUGCACAUAUUGUGCAGAUGCCAGUGAACCUGAGGAAGCAAGAUGUGUAGGAAGCUGCUGCUCCUUUCUCCAGGCAUAGUGUGCUGAUACAGGCACUGGUUAGCCCACACUGUAGAUGGGAAGGGGUACACAUGCUGGCUGCAGGAAGGGUCAUCUUUUUGCCCGCUCAGUCUAUAAUGUGCUACUUGACAGAAACAAGGAGAUACUCCGUGUAGGAAGGGGCCUUCUCUGCAGAAUCUCCAGGGAAAAACAGAUUCUUUGUGUAUCUAGAGGUCCUCCUUAUGGAGCAGCUUGGAAGAGCAGAGCAUGCACUCUGAUUGCAAAUCAUUCUUCUCUUUAGUAUAUACAGUUGUUUUGUACGGUAGAAAUAGGGUAUUGUUUGUAAAUAUUUACAUACACAUACAAAUGACAGCUUACAGUUUUUAUAUAUUUCACACGUUUUUAUACCAGAAUUUUCACUGUAAAUUUCCUUGACACAAAAUGCCUGAUUCAGUUUAUCACAAAACUAAUGGUAGUACGCUUAAGCAUAAUUCCUGCUUGCUUUAAGGGGACGGUUAUUUUCUCACAGUUUGUGCUUAUUGUUUUGACGAAAUUGAGUAGACUUGGUCUGAAAAGCUCACUUGCAUCCACCUAAUACAACCCCUGAAAUAGGACUGCUUUGUGUAGCCUUCUGAAUGGCAACUAACAGAUACGACUGUUUAAUGAUUUUGUGUAUUCACAAUUCAGAGAACCAUGAAUUCUCCUGUUCAUAAUUGGAUGUAGGUUUAAUUCAUGGUCUUUUCUUGAUGGAACUUGAAGUUAGAUUAGAGAAGAAAGCAUGGAAAACACUGACAGAUGUGAUUUAAUGUUCCCAGCUGAGAAUCAUGGCAUUAAAUGCAUAUGAUAUAGCCACCUA